AUAGCAACACCAAUAACAAUUGUCAGCACUUCCACCUCAAUAUGGACGUCACAACACCGACGCUGCUAAAUAUAAGCUGAAUAUGUUUAUCUUAAGCUUUCAUGCAAGCAAAGGAACGGACAGUGGCAGACUUUGAAUAUCGGAAGCUGUUAAGUUAGCUGUGCAACACUAAAGGAGCUGUCACUGAGGCUGGCUGUCUGAGUUCUUUAUGUUAGAUUGACCAAUUUUUUGAAUAAUUUUCGUGCCACCAUGUUGAAAUCAAUACUUAUAAUGUCAGUACUACUUUCUCUAAUGAUUCCAAAUAUGGUUCUAUGCAGAAAUCGGCCUGACACUUUAAACUCAGUAUUCCUUUCCAAUGAUUACGAAACUGGAGAUAAAAAAUUAUCUGCCUACGACGACGGCACAUUUCGCAGUGACUUUGAUGACAGUGGGGGUGUUACUGGCGAAGGUUCUAAAACUAAACAACUUCUAUAUAAAAUUCAAAAUGAUAUAAACAGCAAUGACGUCGAAGAGGACUUGGGUAAGAACAACGACGAAUAUUACUAUAAUAAUGACAAUGGUAAUAUUGCUACGAAGACUGAUGGCGAGAAGAAAUUGAAGUUGUUAACAUUGUAUCCAGCUUUGCAGAAAAGACAAGACACAUCCACGAACAAAGAUCUUUACAGCAUCACAAAAGACGACUUUGAAAAUGAACCCUUUUUUGACCCAGUGUGUAGGUGCUGGAUCACUAAUAACGAUAGACAUAUGAUGAACAGGCGUCAAGGUUACUCGAUCAACGCACCACUCACGGCAAUCGCAAGAAUUCUGGAAGAGUCACGAAAACGAAUGGAGAAAAAUAAAAUCAGGGAAAAACUUUUGGACAUCGGCCGGAAAUAAGAAAAUAAAAGCCAAAGAGCUUAAUGAAGAAACUGUGGGAAAAUGGUGAGAUUUAGUAAGAAGUAAAUUUAAAUUGGCGAUCAUAAAAUAUAACAUGUAUCCAUGCAAAUAAGUUCAGACAAUGGAGUUUGUAAAUAUGACCCACGAUUUCGGAUAGAAUAUUCAGAUUGACUGCAAUAUCUCUAACAUUCCUACUUAUAAAAUACAUCCCCAACACACGCACACAUACAAAUACACACGCAGGUACACGUACUUACAUACACACACACGAGUAAAAUAUGCAUAUAUGUACAUGCAUUUAAGCAUACACUUGUAAAUUCGAGUGUAAUUAUAGGUACGUAAUGUGCGCAUAUAUGCAUGUAUAAUUUGUCUAAAUACAUAUACGUAUAUAUUUAAAUACAGCCACGCAUACACGCACGUAUAUGCACACACGCAUAAAUAUAUAUGCAUAUAUAUAUAUAUAUUAUACUUUUACAUGCAUGUGUAUAUACAUGUGUAUGU